AUCCAGAGGAGGUUUCAAUAGCAGCAGCGCGGCAGGGGAGGGACGCACUGCCAGCACUCAGGAUCCCCUCUCUCUCUCACUCACUCACACACACUCUCACACACACUCCUGCCCACUAGAGACCAGUUAAAUCCGCAAGAAAACUGCAAACACGCACCAGAGCGGUCGCCUAAUCCGAUUGAUAGGCACCAACAAUAGAAGUGAAAACUGAGGGAACUACCGGACACUGCAGAGGACAACUUGUGUUUUCAUUUUCCUGUGAAAUCGCUGUACUUGAGAGACACUUUUUUUUACAGAAACCCGUGGCGAUAUCAGAGCGGGUUUGAGGACGCCAUCCUUCUGAUAACUUCGCAGUUUGAGACUCUGGAAGAAUGAGGCAGUGUAAAGGUUGGAGCGCGCUGCUGCUCGUGCUGCUGGGUCUGGGAGCUUCGGCCCAGAAGUUGCCCACGAGAGACGAAGGCCUCUUCCAGAUGCAGAUCAGAGACAAGACGCUCUUCCACGACUCAUCCGUCAUCCCGGACGGAGCUGAGAUCAGUGGCUACCUGUUCAGGGACACACCCAAGAGGUACUAUUUUGUGGUGGAGGAAGACAACACACCCCUGUCUGUGACCGUGACACCUUGUGACGCUCCUCUGGAGUGGAAACUCACCCUGCAGGAGCUGCCAGAGGAGGCCAGCGGGGAGGGAUCAGGAGUUCCUGAACCUCUAGACCAGCAGAAGCAGCAGGUGACCGUAGACGAGGGCACGGAGCUCUUCACCUACAAGGGGAACGAUGUGGAGUCCUACGUUGCCACCAGCACGCCUUCAGGCCUCUACCAGCUGGAGCUGCUGUCCACAGAAAAGGACAGCAACUUCAAGGUGUACGCCACCACCACUCCAGAGUCAGACCAGCCCUACCCGGAGCUGCCGUACGACCCUCGGGUGGAUGUGACCGCGCUGGGACGCACCACGGUCACCCUGGCCUGGAAGCCGACGCCAACCGGCUCUCUGAUGGGUCAGCCGGUGCAGUACUGUGUCGUCAUCAACAAGGAGCACAACUUCAAGAGCAUGUGUGCAGCCGAGGCCAAGAUGAGCACUGAUGAUGCAUUCAUGCUGGCUCCGAAGCCGGGUCGAGACUUCAGCCCGUUUGACUUUGCACACUUUGGGUUUGUUCCUGAUAACGGUUUUGGCAAAGACAGAGGCCUCGUGAGCAACAAGAUCUCACGGUCGUACACGAUCAAGCCCAAAGCAUCAGACAUUCAGAAGCUGUGCAUUGGAAACAAGAACAUUUUCACUGUGUCCGACCUGAAGCCGGACACGCAGUACUACUUUGACGUGUUUGCCGUGAACUCUGCGACCAACACCAGCACGGCGUACGUGGGAACAUUCGCCCGCACUAAAGAGGAGGCCCGGCAGAAGACAGUGGAGCUGAAGGACGGCAAAGUAUCAGACGUUUUCAUCAAGAGGAAGGGCAGCAAGUUCCUGCGCUUUGCUCCUGUGUCCUCCCACCAGAGGGUCACUCUGUUUGUCCACACGUGUCUGGACGCCGUGCAGGUGCAGGUGAGGCGUGACGGCAAGCUGGUGCUCUCCCAGAACGUGGAGGGGGUUCGGCAGUUCCAGCUGCGGGGAAAGCCAAAAGCAAAGUACCUGAUCCGCUUGAGAGGCAGCAGGAAAGGCGCGUCUACUUUGAAGGUGCUGGCGACCACACGGCCCAGCAGCAAGCAGCCCUUCCCUUCACUACCAGAGGAUACACGAAUCAAAGCCUUCGACAAGCUGCGCACAUGUUCCUCCGCCACCGUGGCCUGGCUGGGCACACAGGACCGCAACAAAUACUGCAUUUACCGCAAGGAGGUGGCUGACAAUUAUGGCGAGGAGCAGCGACGCCGGGAACAGAACCAGUGUGCCGGGCCAGAGACCCGCAGGAAGUCAGAAAAGGUCCUGUGCAAGUAUUUCCACAGCCCGAAUCUGCAGAAGGCUGUGACCACAGAGACCAUUACAGGUCUGGAGCCGGGCAAGACCUACCUGCUGGACGUUUACGUGGUGGGACACAGCGGUCACUCAGUGAAAUACCAGAGCAAACUGGUGAAAACAAGGAAAUACUGCUAAAUGACUCUGCAAAGAAUAAAUCUAUUAUAAAUAUAUAUAUUAAAUAAGUUUAUUUAACUCUAAGUGAUAUUCUACUAAAGAGUGUAUACAGACUGACUACUCACACAGCGGACGGGCCUGUGGCAGUGACUGAACUGUUUGUAGAGAGAGAAAUCAACCUGUAUAUUUAUGUUUACAUUUCAUCGUGGCACCUCUGGGUGGCCCGUAGCGUGAGGUGCUUCGUUUCCAGGCCUUGACAUCACGUCGCCACCGGGGAGGCAGAACUUCAGAGAUCAUCUUUCAUCUCGUACGUUGCUUUGUUGCUGCAUGACAUUUGCUUUUGUCCGUCAUAUCCGCGUGUUCCUUCAGUUUCAGAUCACGUUGACCCGAGGAGAUACAGGAGCUCCCUGCUUUGUAUAGAUCUCUCUCUGCAUAUUCACUACAUGUUUUAGAAGGAAUUUAAAUUAUUUCAUACUUUUUGUCUAUUUUUGAUUGUCUGUUUUUAUUGAUGACAAUAAUAACUGUUGCGAGGAAAUUCCAGUUUUAUGAGGAAGCUGUCGUAGUUCGGACAUUCCCUUGUGUAUCUCAGCCGGUGUUUGCUCUAGAGCCCAUCUUGUAAAUGUGUUCUGUGCUGCAGAUCUGUGUUAUUAUCACUGUAUCACUGUGUGUGUGUCACAUGUACAGAGUUGUCCUGCCAAUAUUCAUGUACAUAAACACUAAAUAUAGAACAAGUAAUCCCUCUGUCA